CCAGCGCUGAGGAGAACGGACGACGGCAGGCCUGCUCCGGAGCUCCCACACUUUCUCUCACUUAAGCCGCCGAAAUAAUAAUCGUGAUGCCCCAGCGGAAGGUGAAGGUGACCCCGUUCACAAGCAUGAACCCAGAUGAGGAGAGCGAGACCCCCGCCGGACAGCCCCCAUUCACAAGCAUGAAUCCAGAGGAGAGCGAGACCCCCGCCGGACAGCCCCCAUUCACAAGCAUGAAUCCAGAGGAGAGCGAGACCCCCGCCGGACCGCCCCUCGUCACCAUGAAGGAGCUCACCUUCUUCCCGGUGUGCGCCGAGUUCAUCAAACCCACCAAAUUAGUGCCUAGGGACACGGAGCAAUUAAAGAUGGCAGAGUUGAGUUUCACGGUCAGCGGGAAACACUUCGAGGGGGAAUUCAUCAGCAGUGAGGCUGAAUCAGGAGACGACACCUUCCGGGUGCAGCUGCGGCUCUGUUUAUGGGACCCCCGAGGCCCUCAAGAAGACUGUCUUCCUCCGCAAUUGAUCAUCAUCGCCAACGGGAAGUUAUGUUUUCCACCUGUGGAGGCCAACGGUAAACGUUACAACCGCCCCGUGGAUAUCACCCAUGUCGUGCGCCCCUCUGACGAAGUGCCCAAUGCCGUCAUGCUCCUUUGGUCACUGAGCGACACGCGGGACUUCGCCAUGUCCGUGUGCUUGGUGAAGCAGUUUACUGCUGAGGAGUUAGUGCAGCAAUUGAGGAAGAAGGCAUCAUUCCCUUCAUCCAGGACAGUGUCCAUGAUCAGGGAGGCGAUGCCGGCAGUCCGUGAUCCUUCUUUUGGCCUCAGAAGGCUCCGCGUCUCCCUCGUGUGCCCGCUGACACAGGGACUCGUUUCCGUGCCCUGCCGUGCGGUAUCCUGCAGCCACGUCCAGAUUUUUGAUGCUGUCCCGUUUCUGCAGAGGAAUGAGGAGGAGGAAACUUGGAGGUGUCCUAUCUGUGACCAGGAGGUUGUCUAUCGAAACCUCGUCGUAGAUGAAUAUUUCUGCGUCAUCCUCCGUGCUAUCACCCGUGAAGAGAUUGACUGUGAAGAGAUCGACAUUUUGCAGGAUGGUACCUGGGUCCCGGCCAAUAUGCGCCUGGAUCUAUUAGAGAUGGCUGGGAAUCCCGGCUACUGUGGCCUACGUUGCCAACGACAACGAUUGAAACUGAAAAAGAAGGUUCAGUGUGCCACCUUGGUGGAGGUCACUGACUCGUCCGCAGCAGUUGAGGCUUCUAAGAAACUGCCGGGUCCCCACCCUGGGGCAGCCAACCUGCCCUCAACCAGCACCGCAGGGACAAGCACCGCUGCGCAGGGGCCAGCCCAAGGCAGUGAAAACCAGACCGAAGUCAUGAGGGUCAAAGUCGUACCCCAACCUCGUGAAGUGUGCGAAGCAAGGAUGAGCAAGUUUCGUGAGAUGUUCGAAAUCCACAGCCCCCCGCGUGAAAGGAUGAGACGACAACGAAGAAAGUCCAGGAUUCCAUCGGGAGUACUGAGGGAUUUACUCAGCUGCGGUAGUUACCUUGGCUCCGGCAAUGUCCCAGCUGGCCGUCCACCUGACAGCAGCCAGGAGAUUGAUACAGAUGACCCGAUGGACAGCAGCUCAUCCAGUGAAGAGCUGCAGACUCCGGCCACGACACCCAACACAGGGUAUGACCCCAGGGUUGUUCCCGCCCUGUGCUCCGCAGAGACCCUGAAGGCGGAGGCGCUGUGGCUCCAAGAUGGCCGAUCUGGCCACGACCGCUCCUUGGAGGCGGGACUAAGAGUGAUGACUGGACGCCGUUGGAGAAGAAGGGAUGCCGACUUCCUGCUCAGCCGACAACGAGAAGCCUCGGAACCCGACGGACAGCCCGGGGGGCUAAUGAGAGUUUGCCCCCGUGGGAGCAUCUUCGGCGGGGCCAAUGGGGGCUGCCUGAGUCAGCCAUGGGCGGCCGGAUGCAAAUGCAAGGUUGUCUUAAAACCCCGUCCGUUUCAGCGGCUCGCUCUCAAUCUGUGGACCUCGGUCGGGUGUUGA